AUGUGCGUCUCGGGUCUCCGUAAUUGGCCGAUUUUUAGUUCAUUGGAGCCGGAUUUCAUUUCGCAGAUUCACAUGGUUUUUGUAUAUGGUGAAAUGGGUAGAGAGACCUUGAUGGUGAUGAAGAAUAAAAUGGUGUAUGCUAUGGGUAACAACGUCAAUGGUUGUUUGGGAAUAGGGGACACAAACUCCACAUUGUAUCCAAGGAAGGUGAAGGCUCUUUGCAAGAAGAAUAUUAAGACAUUUGCUUAUGGCAAUGGGUCUCACGUUCUCGCACUUACGAAGGAAGGAGAAAUAUAUUCGUGGGGUUACAACGAUCACGGUGAACUGGGACACGGAAUAUAUUAUCCAGUUUUCACCCCUACUUUAGUAUUCACUCCGGGAAACUCUGUGGGCUUUACGCGCAUCGUGGAUAUUGCGUGUGGGAGUCACCAUUCUGUUGCUUUGACCGAGUUUGGCAAGGUAUACGUUUGGGGAGACUACUUCGGACAAGUGAGUAACGAUAACAUCAUUGAUCAAAGCAUACCCAGGCAAGUGGACUCCAGCUUGGCUAGGAAGAAGGUUGUCUGCAUCUCUUGUGGCAAUGCCUUUACCAUGGCAGUCGUCGAAAAUGGCGAGGUGUUUGCUUGGGGCAAUAAUUAUGUUGGCCAGCUGGGUUUAGACGAUCUCCAAACUCGAAUGACGCCGUGCUGGGUUGAUUCACUGAAAGGCACUGUAAUAGUCAAAGUGGCUUGCGGAUUUGAGCACACGCUAGCGCUUACGGAUGAAGGAGAUCUCUAUUCCUGGGGUAGAGAUCCCCGAUCGGAUGACAAAGGCUGUCCUUGUAUACCUUUCCUUGUCAAGCAUAAAAUGGGAAAGAUAUCCGACAUCGCGGCUGUCAAACAUGUAAAUAUCGCUAUUAGUGAGGGAGGACGUGUCUAUAUAUGGGGUAACUGCCACGGUCAGAGAAUCAUGAUUCCAACUGCCACUACGUUUUCGAACAUGUAUGACGCGUUUGCGUGCUACGGAUCGCCAAGCGUUAUGCACAAACCCCUAAUUCUUUAUAGUAACGAAGAACCGCGUAUUGAAUGCCUGAAGAGCGUAUUGGAAUGCAUGGGAAAUUCAUUCAAUGACGAACAUACAAGUGAUCUCACAAUACAAGUAGAGGGCCAAAGUAUCUUUGUGCAUAAAGCUAUUUUGAAGAUUCGCUGUACGUAUUUUAGAAACAUGUUUCAACAUGAUUGGAUGGAAAACAAUCAAAGUGUCAUCGAGCUUGAUCAAUUUUCCUAUGUCAUCUACAAAGCCUUCUUGAAAUAUUUAUACACUGGCAUGAUCGCUUUACCUAUGGAGAAGACGAUAGAACUUUUGAACUUGGCUGAUGUUUACUGCGAGAACAAUCUCAAGAAGCAUUGUAUUCGGAUAAUAAAGCAAGGAAUUAGCGUGUUGAACGUUGCCUAUUUGUACAGCGUUGCAGUUCAGUACAAUGAGGAGGAGCUGGAAGAAUUUUGUAUUAGGUUCGCUAUUAAUCAUAUGACGGCUGUGACGCAGACGGAAAGUUUUGCAAAUUUGAAUGGGAAUACGCUAAAAACUUUUAUAAUUAAGAUAGGCAAGGCUGGUGUAUUUAAGACGUAA